GGGGGGCGGGGGUGCUGGGCCCGGCGCGGCGGCAGAGGCCCCGAGAUGCCAAGCAAGAAGAAGAAGUACAACGCGCGGUUUCCGCCGGCGCGGAUCAAGAAGAUCAUGCAGACGGACGAGGAGAUUGGGAAGGUGGCGGCCGCUGUGCCUGUCAUCAUCUCCCGGGCGCUUGAGCUCUUCCUGGAGUCGCUGUUGAAGAAGGCUUGCCAGGUGACCCAGUCUCGAAAUGCCAAAACCAUGACCACGUCCCACCUGAAGCAGUGCAUUGAGCUGGAGCAGCAAUUUGACUUCUUGAAAGACUUGGUGGCAUCCGUGCCCGACAUGCAGGGGGAUGGGGAGGAUAACCACAUGGAUGGGGACAAGGGUCCUCGAAGAUGGACUGUACCUUCCCGAAGGGGCCGGAAGCCGGGCAGCAGUGGAAGGAAGAAUGGAGGCACCGGCAGCAAAGGCAAAGACAAGAAGCUGUCUGGGACAGACUCAGAACAGGAGGAUGAGUCUGAGGACACAGACACUGACGGGGAAGAAGAGGUACCACAGCCUCCACCCCAAGCCAGUCACCCCCCUACCCACUUUCAGAGCCCUCCACCCCCCUUCAUGCCCUUCACCUCUCCUCUGCCCUUGCCCCCCGCGCCCCCUGGCCCCUCAGCACCCGAGGCAGAGGAUGAAGAAGACUAUGACUCCUAGCGCCCACUGCCCCUUACCCCAGGCCAUGUACCCCUUUAGUUAGUAUUAGCUGCUCUGGGGAGAAAACAAAGAUGGAAUUGUUCUUAAAUUUAUUAAAAAAAAAAAAAGAAAGAAAGAAAGAAAAA